AUGUCCGGAAGGACUAGUAGCAAAAGCAAGGCCGAAGCACCCUGCAAGCCACAACCACUUUCAGACCGCGUCAUCGCCAUUCUCCACACCUUUGCCAAGGAAGAACGCAAGCGCAACUUUUCUUUCCUGGGGAAAUAUAGUCACUGCUACAAGAAUGCAAAAAGCCUUCUUGAAGUCGAACUGGCUAGCCCCUACGACAUUGCAGCCAUCAAGAAAAAAGAUGAUGACUUUGAAAAUGCCGGCUGGUACACCUUCGCUGAGUCGAUUUACUAUCCGCGUCGCACAGUCGCCAUCAGCAUUCUGGACGAGGAAGAUGUGAGGAUCGAGACUAUGGCAAUUGGGACGGGGGCAAGCAACAUGCGUGAUGCGGCAUCGUGGAUACGCGACACCUACUGCACCGAUCUCCAAGAGACAUGGCACAAGAAGUUUUCAGCGACACAGUACGACGAGCAAAGAAUAUGGUGGACAAAUACGGGUAAACAUUUCAAGUUCCUGCAACUGCCUCUCGAGCUGCGCGAGGAAAUCUACCGUCACGUCAUCGAGCCUGUCGUUGUGCCCGAUAUUGUGACAGAGGGCACAGGCCGCUUCAUCUUUGGUGUUGGGCAAUCUUUCGGGCCCACCAGCGUGGCAGAACGUAACCGCGACCCAGAAAUCCCCAGCCCCAACUCGAACAUCUUCUAUGUCAACAAAAAGGUUUGCAUGGAAUUCAGCGCGGUAGCAUGUCGCGAGACGAUCAAGCGGUUCACUACACUCCGCUCAGGCCUGGGCAGGGGCCCCAAGCACUUUAUGCCCAAGAUAUGGCGGCACGCCCUCAGUCUCCCAGCGGAGCUUGCCCUCCGAACAGGCUUUCUACGCCACAUCCAGCUCGAAAUGGACGCGAGGGAGUAUUUCGCCUGCAUCGGCAUCUAUGCAAACAGCAGACAUGUGAUUCGUACCUGUGCUCCGCAUGGAAUGAAGUUUGCGGAACUGGCACUGCUACAUGGGCUCCAGACACUUGAUCUGCGCUUCAUCAGUCCCAAGCACCGGCUCGCGCGGUGUCCGUGGGCCAUGGCAAGCCCGCGACGCAGCCCGCAUUCGUGUCAGAAGAAGUGGAUCGAAUAUUGGAUUGUACUGGCGUGGGAUAUGCUGCGGCAUCUGCGUACGGCGAAAGGGGUGAGGAUUAGCUUGAGUGGGUGUGUCAAGACGUCCACUGUGGAUUUUUGGCAGCCCAUGCUUAAUGCUGUGGGGGAUGGGGAUGCGGAUGCGGCCAUGGUGGCGAGUUUGAGGCAGGAAAUGAGAGAGGCCAUUUUGCUUCAGAUUCAGAGAGGUGAAAUGGUGUUUCCAUGUCGCUGUACGUAUCCGUGCGUGGGCACGAGUGCGGAUUUGCCAGUUGAUUUCAAGGACGAUGAGGAUCCAAGGUUGGAGUCUGUGCAAGGGUGGCAGGAUAUACUCGACAAGGCGUAUUGGGAUUUUGACGAUUGA